AUGACUGUGAGUAAAAAUGGGAUGGGAAACUGCAUUAGGCCUAAACUUUAUCGGCGUAAAAUGACUAUUCAAAUCAUGACUGGUCCGAUCAAUGGGGAAGUCAUGGCAUUGAUCUUCUACAAGUGCAUUACAAGAUUAAGCUUCGCAGUUACACAAAGUGAGGUCCAAACCAUUUGCUCAUCACCAACAUCGAACCCUUCAUUUUGCUACAAGUUUUUCAAGUCAGAUCCUAAAAUUGAAAAGCUUGAUCUUUCUGACACUGCCAAAUAUUUGAUACAUCAUGCGCAACAAAAUGCCUUAGACACACAUAAUCAGUUACAAUUACUUGCUAAUAGCACGACCGAUAAACGUACUAAAGAAUGUUACAUCUCAUGCUCAAAGUACUACGACAAAGCUCUUUACUCUUUUGGUGAGGCCCUAAAGGAUAUAGAGGUCCAUAAUCCUGAUUAUUUAAACGUUGAGAUCUCAGCUGCUCGGCAAAAUGCAAAUGAUUGCAAAACUUUAGAUCUGAAAGAUGUUAAACCUGAUCCAAAACUCAUGAUGAAGAUAGAUUUUCUUGAGAAUGUAUGUGGAAUUGUCUUGUCAAUUUCUGACAUAUUACCAAAGAAUUAGCUGAGAUUGUAAAACGAUAACAUAUUACCAACUGCAGACCAUGUUUUACCGUGGGGAUCGUGAUAUAAUAAAUCUAAAAUUAAUUUAAAUAGUGCAUAAAAAUAUGAUUGAGGAAUUUUGAUGUAUAUUGGAUAUUUGAUUAGCGGUUUGAUUUGCAGUUUGCAUACAUCAACAUAAUGAAUUACAUAAAAAAUAUCAAAUUUGGUUCUCUUUAUUUUUCAUUUAUAAAUAUAUAAGAUGGCAAAAGAUUUUAUCAAAAAGGUGAGAUUUAUUUCCAAAAUCUACUUGUAUAAGCAAAGUACUCCUCAAACAACCUAUCAAUUGGUAAUACAACUAGGUUUUAGCAAAAAAACUAGGUUUUCUUUUUUUCGGUUGAUCUGUAAUGAUAUUUCUCCAGUUCAUAUAUAUGAUACAAUAUUUUCAUAUUUCGGAUUUGAGAGAUUUUAGAAGACUUAACCACCAAACAUGUUCAUUUCAAAUUAUUGACUGUUUUGGUUUGGGCUCAAUGUUAAAAGCUGUUAGCAAGGAAGGAAG